AUGAACUACCUGUUCAACGCCAUCGCCGGGAACUGGGAGCGCAAGCGGCCCGUGUGGGUGAUGCUGAUGGUCAACUCUCUGACCGAGGCCGACAUCAAGACGCGCGGCGUUCCUGUGCUGGACCUGUACCUGGCGCAGGAGGCCCAGAGGAUGAGGAAGAGGACGGGAGCCGUGGAGAAGGUGGAGGAGCAGUGCCAUCCUCUGAACAGACUCAGCUUCUCUCAGGUGAUCUUCGCUCUGAAUCAGACGCUGCUGCAGCAGGAGAGUCUCCGCGCCGGGGGCCUGCAGGUGCCUUACACCACAGAGCACCUGAUUAAGCACUACAACUGUGGAGACCUCAACUCCAUCAUCUUCAACCACGACACCUCGCAGGUGCCGAGCUUCAAGAACGCGACGCUGCCGGCGAGCGAGCAGGUGACGGCGCAGGAGAUCGAGCGCUACUUCAGACAGGAGCUGAUCUACAAGCGUAACGAGCGCAUGGGCCGCCGCGUCAGAGCGCUGCUGGAGGAGCAGCCCGACAAGAGCUUCUUCUUCGCCUUCGGAGCAGGCCACUUUCUGGGAAACAACACUGUGAUUGACGUCCUGCGGAGUGAAGGUUAUGAGGUGGAGCACACGCCUGCUGGACAGACGCUACACAGCGGCAGAAGGUCCGGAGAGCUGGAGCCGUUCCUCCACGAGAGCCGAGAACUUCAGGAGGACGAGGAACCGCAUCUCCUGGAGCUCCUGGAGAAGGUGGAGCACAAGCUGAAGAAGAAGCGCCGCAACAAGCAGAAGAAGCAGCGCCAUCGUCAGUUCAACGACCUCUGGGUGCGGAUGGAGGAGAGUGUGACGGCUGAGGCUCCGCCUCCUGUCGUCCGCAUCAUCAACGGUUACAUCCCAGUCCAGACACACCCACAGGAGCACGGCAGAGCCAAUCAGCACAGGACGUUCUCAGGCUCCUCCUCCUGGAGCCCCGCCCUCACUGCGACGGCUCUGUGUGUUCAGAUCCUGCUGCUGCUGCUUUCAUGACGUCUGAUGAGCUGCAGGUUCGAGUUUAACCCUGAACCUCACAGACUCUGAGCCGCCGCCUGCUUCAUGCUGGACUAAUCAACCGCUUCACUUCAGCUCUUGAAGAAUCACUUCCUUGCAAAUCAGAUGUAUUAUAGAUGUAGAGUUUUGAAUAAAGCAUUUGUUUGUUCACUUAUUUUAUAAAUAUAUAAAGAAGAGUCAUUAUAUUUUUUAGACUA